GUUUACCAAAGGGGUUUGGUUUGGAGUUAACAUGGUGGCUUAGUUAUCGUGUUGCGGCCAUUGACUAACAUUGCGCGGACUGUCCAAGCUCAACACUUUCUCUUUCUUUAAUUUUUAUUUAAUUGGAUUUCGACCUUGAAGUUUCUUGAAACCAAUUCAGAAAUGGAUUUGAAGAAGAGAGUAGAAAAAGAAGUUGGGAGUCGGGCCCCGGAAGAGGUGUUUGAGCUUGUUGUGGACAACAGCCGCUCUAGCGACGGAGAGAUAGUGGGCCUGUCUGAUGAAUACAAAGAGCUGGAGUUUCUGAGUAUGGUGAACGUUGGACUGACCUCCCUGGCCAAACUGCCAUCGCUGCUGAAGCUUCGCAAGUUGGACAUAAGCGAUAACGUCAUCUCAGGGGGCCUGAAGACCUUGUCAGAGAAAUGUCCCAAUCUGACCUAUCUGGUUCUGAGUGGAAACGACAUCAAGGAGCCGAACGCAGUGGAAGCGCUGAAAAACCUCAAGAGUCUGAAGAGGCUGGACCUGUUUAACUGUGACGUCACCUCGAAGGAUGACUACAGGGAGAACGUCUUUGAGCUGCUGCCUCAGCUGACUUUCUUGGAUGGGUUUGACCAGGAUGACAAUGAAGAUGAGGAAGAGGAUGAUGGAGAAGUCCCUGGAGUUGGAGAUGACGACGAUGAUGAUCUCUCAGAUGAUGAUGUCUCCGAUGAUGAGGUCUCGGAUGGUGAAGAGGAGGUCGGCCUGUCCUAUCUCAUGAAGGAUGGGAUCCAGGACGAGGAAGAUGAUGACGACUACGUAGAAGAGGAAGAGGAGGAAGAUGUAGAUGGUGAAGUAGAUGCAGCCGUAGCCCAAGGGGAGAAACGGAAGCGGGACCCAGUUGACGAAGGUGACGACGACGACGAGGAUGACGACUAAAGCGCUGUCCUGUGAAUCCGAGCUGCCGCGUCCCAGAACUAAGCUGUAGAAGAGAAACGUGAAAUGGUCUUUUCUAUUUUUUUGUUUGUUUGUUUUCAGUUUCCUUUGUAUCAUAGGUAUCACUGUAGUGUGCAAGUGUUAUUUUUUUUUUUAAAUAUCAUUGUUUUUGUUUCGUUGUUUUUCUACAUCGGCCAUACAAAAGAGGUCAAUUUUUUUUUUUUUAAUGAGUGGUCAUUCCAAAUAUAGCAAUUGCAGAGUGCAUUCUGAGUCUCAUGAUGCCCCGUUUCGGCACUUUGAUGUAAAGUUUCAUUCAUAUGGCGGGCACAGUUUAUAUCAAGCGAGGAAGAUUUCUUUUGGUAGGCCAGGCUCUAGACGUCUUUUUGUAUAGUGGUAUGGGAUCCCCCAUCUAAGACAUUUGCCAUUUCUUGUGACUUUUCCUAAGAAUCCUAUUCCCAUGGUGUUCCAAUCCAUCUGUGUGUGUGCUACCCUGUCUGGGUUUUCAUCCUAAAGACCGAAAUGUUGCUAACACGGACAUCUGUGUUAAUGUAAGGUUAAAGUAUCCCUGCAUCGAAUUAGAUAUUUGUGCCCAGAAGCAGUUUACCAUGUACUCCCUCAAGGAAUUCCUGUAUACCCCCUCCACCACCCUAUAGGAGUCAACCUAAUUGUGUGCUAUCGUGUUUAAUUUGUCAGACGGAGUAUUUUAGAAACUCACUCUUUCUAAGCGAACUAUACUGCGUGUUUGUAAGGCGUAUUUUGUUAGGUGGCGUUAAAGUAAAAGAAAAUCAAACAAACCAAGUAGGCAAGCAAGCCUUUGAAGAUCUCCCUGAUCCCAGAUCUCCCUGUCGCCCUCUCCCCCCUUAAACCCCUAGGCUCAGCGCUGAACAACUUCUGAUCAGAUGUCAGAUCUUUUAGAACACUCAGGUGGACCAAACUUUGGAGGCUUCAGUAACUCCAGGAGUAUAAUCGGUCAUCUCACUCUGUUACUGAACUUAGUAUCGCUCAACCAUUCUUUGGACAAAAACAAACAAACAAAUGCCUUUUCUGUUUUGCAUUUCCUUUUUAGAGUGAGCAUUUUAAAACUUGUUUCUACGACUGUGUAAAUAGAUAGCCUACUAUUCCAUCAUGUGUAGUUCUUUUUAUGAAUUGAUUUGUCUUUUUAAAACAUGCAAUAUCUCUUGUCCUUUUUUUUUUUUUAAAUAAACAAAGCACAGGUCAGGAUAAGAUUCAGACCCAUGACUCCUCGAUAUAGUUUUAUUUUUUAUGUCCUCUGCUGUUGAGAAAGCUGUGUUUGGAGUUUGUGUGCUGUAAUCUUCUAAAGAGUGUUUUUAAAUAAAAGAAUUAAUUCAA